CACGUAUCCCCGAAAGAUUCUCCUCCUCGUCCUCAUCCAUCCCCCACCGCCGCCGCGGAUAAAAAUCCAAGGAAUCGAAGGCCCCAACGUGUAGUACUACGCCUACGCGCCCCCUCCCAUGGCGCCGCCUCCGCCGCUCGCCGCGCUCCGCCCCGCGCCAUUCCCUCUCCCUCGCCUCCUCCCCUGCCCCGCCUCCGCCGCCGCCCGCCGCGGCGCCGUCGCCUUCUCGCUGCAGACCAACGUGCGGCUCCUCAAGCCCAACCGCCGCUCCCGGCGAUCCCGGUACCCCUACUACGACCACGACGAGGACGAGGACGACGAUGAGGCGGAGUUCGAGUUUGAGGAAGGGGAGGAGGAGGAGGAAGACGGCUACGAGACCGAUGAUGAUCUAUCAGGUUUGGAGUAUCCUGGUGUACUUUAUUCAAACAAUCCUCGUGCUCCAAUCAAGAAACCAGGCCGGGAAAAACCAGCGCUGAAACAAAACUGGGAAGGAAGACAACCUAAAACACGAGACAGAUGUGACACUUCAAAAAAAGUCGAUGCUCUGCAUGCCAAGAGUAAAGCUAGCAGAUCAACUGGUCUUGUGGACAUAGAUAAUGAAGUAGAGUUGAAAAAUGAAAGUAUCUCUAGAAGCUUGUUUCAGAAACUUCAAGAAGAAUAUGACUUUGAUGAUAAAUGGUUACCACUAAUCGAUUACUUGUGCACAUUUGGACUGAAGGAAUCUCAUUUUACAAACAUGUAUGAGAGACACAUGGCCUGCUUUCAAAUCAGUCAAGCUUCUGCAGAAGAAAGGUUGGAGUUCCUGCUAAGUGUUGGUGUUAAAAGCAAGGAUAUGAAGAGGAUGCUUGUUAGACAACCACAAAUUUUGGAAUACACUCUCAGCAACCUGAAGUCUCAUGUUGCAUUUCUGGUGGGCAUAGGUGUUCCUAGUGCACGGAUAGGUCAAAUUAUUUCUGCUGCUCCAUCAUUUUUCUCUUACAGUGUUGAGCAGUCUCUGAAGCCAACCAUAAGGUAUCUGAUUGAGGAAGUGGGCAUUGAGGAGAGUGAUGUGGGCAAAGUAGUGCAACUAAGCCCACAGAUUCUGGUCCAGCGAAUCGAUAGUGCAUGGAAAUCUCGAUUUCUUUUUCUAUCAAAAGAAUUAGGGGCUCCAAAAGAUAACAUUGUUAAAAUGGUCACAAAACACCCACAGCUGCUUCAUUACAGUAUUGAGGAUGGAAUAUUGCCUCGAAUCAAUUUCCUUAGAAGCAUUGGCAUGAGAGAUACUGAUGUUCUCAAGGUAUUGACGAGUCUGACUCAGGUGUUGUCUUUGUCCUUGGAGGAAAAUCUCAAACCAAAGUAUCUUUACUUGGUCAAUGACCUUAAAAACGAUGUUCAAUCCUUGACAAAGUAUCCUAUGUACUUGAGCUUGUCCCUUGACCAGAGAAUCCGUCCCCGUCACCGUUUUCUUGUUUCAUUGAAGAAAGCUCCUAAGGGUCCAUUCCCUCUUAGCUCCUUUGUGCCUACAGAUGAGCGAUUUUGCAAGAGGUGGGCUGGGACUAGCUUAGAAAAGUAUCAUACAUUUCGUCAGAGCAUGCUGCUCAAAGGUUUUUCAGAGAAGACUGGAAGGAAAACAUUAACAUCGAGGCGGUAGAUACUUCAUGAUUGAGAAGUAGGUUGUUUUUGAACCUAUGCCACGCUGAAAAGGCCUGGGUUGCUGUGCUGGUAUUCAAUCAUCAGCAUUCGGCACACAUAUAUCAAUAUCACAGAUACAUCACUAACUACAGUUUAGACUUCCUUUUUUUUUUACUCCUAUUACAACAAGGUGUAAAUUCUUCAUCUGAUUCCUCCAGUCGAAAAACAAAUGGAUGUUCCAGGAGUCAAUCUAAGGAUGAAAAGGGAUGCACCAGAAUGGUUGAUGUGGCAUUUUGUUGUCUACUGCCACGGUGACAUCACCUUGACCAUUAGCUAAUGUUAAAUAUGUCUAGCACAACAAACUAACCAUCUAUUAGGGAUGUAUUAGGCAGCAUCCUACGUUGCCGUAAGUCUGUAGCGUCGUUAAGCACGAUAUUUUAUUUUCCACGGUUGUAAAUGAUAGAAAUUCUAUCACCAGUUCGAUCUGUACUUUGUGCGCUUUUCUGGUUUGUUAUGUUGGAAAAUUAUUCCUGUUGCUGUGGCUUCUA